AUGGCAGUUGGAAAAAAUAAAAGAACAUCAAAAGGAAAAAAGGGGGGAAAGAAAAAGGUCACUGAUGUUUUUACCAAAAAAGAAUGGUAUGACCUUAAUGCUCCUAACAUGUUUAUGGUUAGAAAAUUUGGAAAAACCUUAGUUACUAAAACUAUUGGAAAAAAAUUGGCAACCGACGGUUUAAAGGGUAGAAUUUACGAAGUCAAUUUAGCCGAUUUAAAUAAUGAUGAAGAUCAAGCCCAUAAAAAAAUAAAAUUAAUCUGUGAUCAUAUUGUAAAUAGAGAUUGCUAUACAGACUUUUGUGGUUUAAGUAUAACAAGAGAUAAGUUAUGUUCAUUAAUUAGAAAAGGUUAUACAUUAAUUGAAGGAUGUACUGAUGUCAAAACUAUUGAUGGCUAUCAUUUAAGAAUGUUUUGUAUAGCUUUUACUAAAAAAAGACCUAACCAAACCAAAACAACUUGUUAUGCACAAACUAGCCAAAUUAAAAAAAUCAGAAAAAAAAUGGUUGAUAUUAUGCACGCAGAAGCUAGUAAAGUUUUAUUAAAAGAUUUAGUAAAAAAAAUUAUUCCUGAAUCAAUAGGCAAAGAAGUUGAAAAACAAUGUAAAAAAAUAUUUCCAUUACAAAAUGUUUUAAUUAGAAAAGUUAAAAUUUUAAAAAGACCUAAAUUAGAUAUCUCUAAAUUAAUGGAAUUACACACAGAUCCAAAAGAAGACUCAGGAAAAAAUGUCAAAUCUUUACCUGAAUCAAAGGAAGCUACUAAUAUUUUAACUGCUGAACUUAAACAUUAA